AUGGUUACACAAAACAACGAGACUGCAGGGCAAUGCAAUGAAGAGAUCAGUCGGAAACUGAUCGGAAUAAACAGCACCGGGGGACUACAGCGGCGUCAGCCACAACGCUUCACCAUUACCCCCCGCUACAGCAACGUUUAUAUUCCUGAUCAACCUACAUCUGCCACAGCAAGUCGCACCAUCUUCACCCCAGCUGUUCUACAGGUUUUAACACCUACAGUCCCAGUGAGGCUGGGGUUUCCCAAACAGAGGAGGUUUAGUUGGGGGGAGUUUCUCCCACUCUCAUUCCCUCUCCCUGCACCAGCUCAGCAUGCCCCAGCCCCUGAGCACAUCCACAGCUCUCCCAGCUCCACUACCAUGUGUAGAUGGACAGUGACACAAGGUGCACCGGCCGCCUGGUUCUCCUCCUGCCCCUGCCGUAGACCUUCUUCACUCCUCUCCCUCACCUUGCUGCUCCUGCUUCUCCUGCUCGGACCGUCCUCAUCCUCCCCACUGUCCGCUUCCUCCAAAAACGGCCGCAAUGCACCAGGAGGGACUUCUCCUCACUUCCUCAUCUCAUACCCGCCACCCUCCUCAUCACCCGCACCGCUUCACGCAUCCUCUGCAAGGUUGCCAAGGGCGACCAAUGUGUCAUCGUCAUCCGCGACGGUCGUCGGCCGGCACGUGCGAAGCAGCUACAAGCAUCUACAAGGGGACGUGCGCUGGCGGAAACUGUUCUCCUCCCAGAAAUUCUACCUUCGCAUUGGCGAGGAGGGAAAGGUUAACGGCACCGGAAACAAGGACGAUCCAUACAGUGUUUUGGAGAUCAAAUCAGUGGAUGUGGGAGUGGUGGCUAUCAAGGGCCUCAAAAGUAACCACUACUUGGCAAUCAAGAAGAAUGGCGUUCUGUACGGAGCGAGAGAGUACGGCCCAGACUGCCGUCUAAUUGAACGCAUCGAGGAAAACAAGUAUAACACCUAUGCUUCAGCUCAGUGGCUCAACAAGGACAAGCGCAUGUUUGUCGCACUGAACCCCAAGGGAAAGCCAAUGAAAGGAAGGAAGACACGAAGGAAAAACCCAGCCACUCACUUCCUGCCUAUUUUGCCAGAACAGCGAUGACUGGACAAAUCAGCCAAGGGAGAGCUCUGCAGACUAAAGGCUAUUGGACGUUUUUUGGAGUUGAAGUGAUGGCUUCAUUGGACAGAUUCAAGUCUGAACAGUAUGAUGCACUGAGGAGGAAAAGAAAGGAAACAAACAGACAUUUUAUCACAGUUGGAUAAAGACAUUUCUAUUUUUAAAGAAAGAAAUAAGAUAUAUCGCUAUACAAUGUACAUACUAUUUUCUGUUUUAAGUUAUAAAGUACACUGGCACGGUAAAAAUAUGAAAAGAAAUGACUUCUGUGCCAAAAUGUGAAACGCUAACUCACAUUUUUAGAUUUGUGUACGUGUGAAGUCAGUGACUGGGGAAGAAAUGGCAAAAAAGGAAAAAAAUGGGGGAAAACAGGAGAAGGUAGAGGAAGUAUUAGCAGAAAGCUGACUGAUAGGAGGA